AUGUCAGCAAUCCGCGCAGUAGAGACUACACACCAUUUUUUGGAUUGGCUUUCUUUUUUCGCGAUUGUGACUACGGUGUGCUUAUUUUUGACUGGUCUUGAGAUAUGUUGGCGUAUAAAGUCGAAGCGAACAACAGAUGGCGUAAGCUCGGCACCAUUUCACAUGGGUUUUGUUUCUGGACAGCUUUGGUUACAAUAUGGUCUUUUAAGGGAAAAUAAGACAAUAAUAACCGUCAAUUCGGUGGCUUCAUUGCUCUAUUCAUGUUACCUUCUCUUCUAUUUUAUUAUGGCACCAUCUGCUACAAAGAAACGAUGCAUUAAAUUAAUUUUUCUGGAAGUGCUUUUCUUGAUAAGCGUGCAUUACUAUGUUUAUUACUACGGUUUGCCUGUAGAAGACGCCCGCUCACAUCUAGGACUGUGUUGUAUGGUUUUCAAUGUUUUUAGUGUCGCUUCACCAUUAGAAGCUUUGCGCGAAGUUUUUCGUACUCGAUGUACAGAAACAAUGCCAUUACCUCUAUGUUGUUUUACUUUCCUUGUCACAAUGGAAUGGCUUUUGUAUGGUGUUCUUAUCGACGACUUCUACAUAAAAGUUGAUCAAUUUGUAAAUUUGGGUGUUUCAGUUGCCCAACGCUAUCGCAUCACUGAUUGCAUUUGUACAGCUCAUACCUUUUUUCUACUUUCCAAGAAAGCGAUACGUGCAGCCAUGAUGUCAAAUAUGUAA